AUGGACACACUCGACGGCAGCAGCUGGGACGUCGUCAUCUCUGGCACCGGGCUGCCGCAGUCGCUCCUUGCGCUGUACGUGCCUCUGGCUUCCACACCAUACGACUCAGGCUGACUAACGCGAAGGCCUCUCUCGUAAAGCGCACUGUCUCGCUCCGAUCGGACGGUUCUCCACGUCGAUCGCAACGACUACUACGGCAGCGAUGAAGCAGCCUUCAGCCUCUCGGAAGCAGAGGCCUGGGCGGAAAGACAUGCUGGCACAGAGAAAGCGGAGAAUAGCUCGUUCAGUCAUGCUGCAGUGACCAAGGCAGCACAAGGCGAGGAUGGAGAGGCGGCCCAGCUCUCCCAUGCCAGGGCAUACUCAGUCGCUCUUGCGCCGCAACUGAUAUACUCACGGUCCAAUCUACUACCCGCUCUGGUAUCCUCCAAGACACAUGGCCAGCUCGACUUCCAAGCUGUAGGCUCUUGGUUCGUUGUCCACAAGACUUCCGGCCAGACGGAGCUCACGCGAGUACCAGGAGGACGAGAAGAUAUCUUCCAGGAUGGUGCUCUCGAUCUCAAGGCGAAGAGAUCUCUAAUGAAGUUUCUGCGAUUCGUAGCGAAUUUUGAAGAGCAGCAAGACACUUGGCGAGAAGACAGCGGGAAGCCCUUCUCAGCUUUCCUCUCUGAGAAGUUUGGACUGCCCCUGGCUUCGCACGCACCUAUUCUAGCCCUCACCCUGAGCAGUCGACCGCUCGCAGACACCACCGUCGAGUCUGCGUUGCCGAGGAUCGCAGGCUACUUGCGAGGUAUCGGCCUCUUCGGCCCUGGCUUCGGUGCGCUCCUCCCGAAGUGGGGAGGUCUGGCAGAAAUCGGCCAGGUAGCUUGUCGCGCUGGUGCUGUGGGAGGCGCAGUGUAUGUGCUCAACAAAGGCAUCGCCGACGUGCAGCAUGACGAUGAGUUCAAUCUUACUCUUCGUCUCGGUGGCUCCGAGAAAGUCACCUCAAAGUGGCUUGCUGGCACUCAGCAGGAACUUCCAGGCGCGAGUCCGACCCCAGAGUCCGGUUCAAAGACCUCGCUGGUGUCGAGGAGCAUUGCGAUUGUUUCUUCAACGCUAGGCUCGCUAUUUCCGCUCACCUCAGAAGGUGGGGUGACUCCCGCUGGUGCUGUAGUAUUGAUCGAACCCUCCCACGAUGCUGAACCACCAGUUCACAUACUCGCGCACUCGAGCGAAUCCGGCGAGUGUCCCGCAGGACAAUGUACGUAUGACCUCUUCCUCUUCAUCCCCAGUGCUGCAUCUCCUCACGAAAUGAUGAUCAAACAUUUGAAUACUUAUCUACAUUGCCUGAACUGCAUUGAAGAAUAAACAUCUCUGACAACCUGAUACUUCGUUUGCCGUAGCGCAUUGCACACCAAUCACUUGAAAGCACGUCAGGACACAGUUGCUGACUCAUUGCCUAGGUGUCUUGUAUGCUUCAGUAGCCCAAGCACCCGAAUCGGGCUUCGACCGCCUCGACCACGCAAUAAAAGAAUUUCUCUCAUCCACACGCGAGGAACCGAAGCCGGCCGUUCUGUGGUGCAUGAAAUAUCAGCAGCGCUACGCAUCGUCUCCUUCGACGCCUCAGCGCACGGGGCCUCUACUGGUGUUGCAUAAUCUCUCCUCGGACCUAGCUUUGGAGGACAGCGUCCUCGAAGACGUCAAAGCUGCUUGGCAACAGAUCACGAAUGAUGAUGAGACGACGUUUAUGAAAUUCGAAGCAAGAGAAGGUACAGCGGAGGACGAAGAGACCUUUGAGUAG